GCAACAUUCCACUGUUCACUUGGUCAGAUGAUUGAGCAGAAGUGAUGACAGUCCUCCUCCCCAGGAUUCACAAGCGCUGGGAGCAACUCCUUGCAAUCCAACUGUGAUUAUAGGAUUCUUCUGUGAUUUAUCCAAGGCCCUUCCAUGCAGACUUUAUUUACGGUCUGCAUUAUGUCUGGGGUCGGCCGCCAGCUUGCUCUUUUCCUCUGCGGCUGCUACGUGGUUGCCCUGGGAGUCCACGCCAAGGAGCCACGCGUGGCCAGUCACCACGAGGCUGAACACUACAUGGCCGCCGUGUAUGAGCACCAAUCCAUCUUGACCCCCGACCCCCUGGCUCUCAUGAGCCGCAAGCAGGCCUUGGAGCUGAUGAACCAGAACCUCGACAUCUAUGAGCAGCAAGUGAUGAUCGCAGCCCAAAAGGGCGUACAGAUUAUAGUGUUUCCAGAAGAUGGCAUUCAUGGAUUCAACUUUACAAGAACAUCUGUUUACCCAUUUUUGGACUUCAUGCCAUCUCCCCGGUUGGUCAGGUGGAACCCAUGCCUGGAGCCCCACCGAUUCAAUGACACAGAGGUCCUCCAGCGCCUGAGUUGUAUGGCCAUCAAGGGAAACAUGUUCCUGGUGGCCAAUCUCGGGACGAAGCAGCUUUGUCAUCGCAAUGACCCGGGGUGCCCAAAUGAUGGAAGAUACCAGUUUAACACGAAUGUUGUGUUCAGCAAUAAUGGAACCCUUGUUGACCGCUACCGCAAACACAACCUCUACUUUGAGGCAGCUUUCGAUGCCCCUCUCGAAGUGGAUCUCAUCAUCUUUGAUACCCCCUUUGCUGGCAAAUUUGGAAUCUUCACCUGCUUUGAUAUAUUGUUCUUUGAGCCUGCCAUUAGGCUCCUCCAAGACCCUGAGGUGAAGCAUGUUGUGUACCCAGCUGCCUGGAUGAACCAGCUCCCGCUUUUGGCGGCCAUUCAGAUUCAGAGAGCUUUUGCCAUUGCGUUCGGCAUCAACUUUCUAGCUGCUAACAUCCACCACCCAACUCUGGGGAUGACUGGAAGUGGUAUACACAGCCCUCGGAAAUCCUUUUGGCAUCAUGACAUGGAAGAUUUCAGAGGUCAUCUUAUAAUAGCACAAGUAGCCAAAAAUCCGCUGGGUCUCAUUGGUACGGAGAAUGCCACGGGUAAAAUGGACCCGUCCCACAAUAAGUUUUUAGAACUCUUGGCAGGUGACCCAUACUGUGAAAAGGAUGCUCAGGAAGUCCACUGUGACAGAGCUACCAAAUGGAACAUGAACGCUCCUCCCACAUUUCACUCGGAGAUGAUGUAUGACAAUUUCACCCUGGUCCCUGUGUGGGGAAAGGAAGGCUACCUCCGUGUCUGUGCAAAUGGCCUCUGCUGUCAUUUACUUUACCAGAGGCCCGCUUUGUCCAAAGAAUUGUAUGCCCUGGGGGUCUUCGAUGGUCUCCACACUGUUCAUGGCACUUACUACGUUCAAGCCUGCGCCCUGGUCAAGUGUGGGGGUCUUGGCUUUGACACUUGUGGGCAGGAGAUCACAGAGGCCACGGGGAGAUUUGCGUUUCACCUGUGGGGGAACUUCAGUACUUCCUAUAUCUUUCCUCUGCUUCUUACCUCAGGGAUGACCCUGGAAACCCCUGAUCAGUUUGGCUGGGAGAGUGACUACUCUUUCCUGAGGAAGAGGGGACUGUCCUCUGGCCUGGUGACAGCAGCUCUCUACGGGCGGCUGUAUGAGAGGGACUAGGGCCGUGUGGGGUGGGUGGCUCUGCCCUUUCCCAGGCUGCCGCUCAGGAGCCCUGGGACCACCUCUCCGCCCCAGACUACCAUCGUGGCAGCUGUGGGACAAAGUAGGAGAGGCUGAUUCCCCCAGUGGCUUUUCCUCUUCCACGUGAAUUAUCGAGUCUUUUCUGGCAGUCUCUGCUCACAUUUAUUGUUUCCAAGUCACAUCUUCCUCCAGCCAAUCUCUCAUUUCACAGUUGGUUUUUAGAACUAGAACAAUAAAUGUCAGUUGAUAGUUUACACACCCACAAA